AUGGAAGCCAGUUACCUGCUGGUGGCCGGCAGCUUCUCUCUGUUCCAGGUGCUGUUCCACAUAGCAAGUCCCCGUCUGUCCGCCUCGCUCAGCCCCGGCUACAAACUCCUCAGCGAGGUCCAGAAAACAGAGUGGAACUCCAGGUGUGUCUCAACACUACACGCGCUGUUGGUCGGAUCGCUGUCUCUGUACAUUCUCUGGUUCGAUGAGGCAGUGAACAGGGACCCAGUAUGGGGUGACCCCAAAUUAGUGAAGGUGAAUAUAGCAAUCGCUUCAGGUUAUCUCAUAAAUGAUUUAGUGCUGCUCCUGUGCCACUGGACGACAAUAGGUGACGGCUUUUUCCUCUGCCACCACUUGGCGGCUCUCUACGCCUACCAGUAUGUGCUGAACCGGGGCCUCCUUCCCUAUUUUGCCAACUUCCGGCUGAUCGCGGAGCUCUCCACUCCGUUUGUCAACCAGAGGUGGUUCUUCGAGGUGUUGGGCUUCCCGCGGACCAAGACGCUGGCGAUGUUGAAUGGAGUGGCCAUGGCCGGCACCUUCUUCCUGGUGAGGAUCGCUGUCAUCCCCUCCUACUACCACAAGGUGGUGGACACGUUUGGGACGGAGGGGUUUGAGCGCCUGGGGCUGGGGCCGCAGUGUGCCUGGCUUACAUCCAGCAUCAGUCUGGACGUGCUGAACGUUAUCUGGAUGUAUAAGAUCGGCAGAGGCUGCUGCAAGAUCCUCCUGCGAUUCCGAUCCCGCAAACCCAGUCGGCUGCUGUUGGCGGAGAAGGUGCAGUAGGAACGAGCCCAGACUCUGCUCCUGGUCACCUGCUCCCAGAGCCCAUUAGACGAUUGAAGCCCAAUCCCUUGUCCAUUUUGUUUUAGGAACUUGCCUUCGAGUGAGGAUUUUGGAAUAGAUCUGAUGUCCGUCCGUUCCCCCUCCCUCUCCCCCACCCCUCCC